CCUCGAUGGACAUACAUAAGAUUGCAGAAUACGAAAGAAUUGCUGAGCAGAAGAUAAUCCAAUUGACUAAAGAAGCUUAUAAAAGAAGCGCCAAGGUUCAGAAAGAAGAGUUUAUCAAUGAAAUUGAAAAAUUGGAUCAAAAUUAUGAGAAAUUCCGAGAAAUCAAGAGAUCAAGGCUGCCUGAUGGGAAUAAAAAAUAAACACCACAAGCGUAAUACAGAGACCAUAAACUACAUCAUGGAUAAAUAAAUUCUUCAUGAUGAAGGACCUGAAGGAAAGGAAAGAAAUGGAUUUCAACAUCAAUUUCCCCCAGAACAAAAGAGUUAUGUUUGAAGAAGAUCAAGACAAGUACAAGAUUGAAGAAGUUGAUGAGGAAGAAGUUCAAAAGCAAAAAGAAAUUGAGUGGAAGAACAGGUACCAACAUGAUAUACGCACAGACAAUGGGAUUCUCCCUCGAGAGGUCCGAAGGGAUAAAAUCCUCAACUUGCUCAAGACUAAUUACGGGAUUGAUGAUGUCAAGAAUACAAAGGCUAUCAAUGAGAUCAAGAAGAACAAGAAUUAAGAACCAAGCUGGUCUUCCUCCAAUCCCUGAGAAGAAUAAAAGGAAGGUGAAAUCACAUGUCAAUCACGGAAUUUUCUUCAAUGGUGUCCAACUGCUCAAGCCCAAAAUUGCUGCAUCGGAGAAGGAAGCUAUUAUGAGCAAGCAAAGGUUUAAUGAUGCUAAGAGGAAAGCUUGGAGUCAAAAUGACACUGAUCAUAAUUUCAUCACUGAAGAGAAUAUUCAGUUGCUUAGGCACAAGAGUGGUAAGCUAAGCAAGCCUAUCAAACCUGUAAAAUACGGUGGGAAGGACUACAACAAGCCACUUGGACAUAAAGAAUUGAUGAAGUUUCGUGAUCAGAUCCGAGAGCACCAUCAUAUAGACAUCCAAGACGUGAUCACUAAGGAUCUCAAGCUAAAAUAAAGCUUUAAUUGACUUGGAAAAUGUGCAAAAAGAAGAGGAGAAUAUUAAUCAUCGAUACAUCACACCUGAGAAAGGCCACUUCAGAACUUUGACCCCAAUCAACAUAAUAGAUGGCCUUGAUAGAGAAAAAGAGGAUCAAAAGAAGUUAAAAAAGCGUCAGAAUCUGUCACCAAUAAAGAUCAACAAAGACCAGAAGCCUAAACGAAUGUUCCUUCAAAAUGAUGAAGCUGCAGAGCUUGAUCCUUCUAGACUUGAGCUUGAGUAUAAGCUUGGCAUUCGAGAAAGAGAUACAAUGCUUGAUGAAGACACUACUGAGUCUCCCUUCAUUAACAAAGAGUAUGGCUACUUGUGUAAUAUUAGGGACCAAGUAUCUGAUGACCAAGUCAAACAGAUCAUACAGAGAUCAUAUCAGAAAUAGGUCAUAUCACCCAAAAUGCGCUUCAAUUAGCUAUGCCAAGCCAGAAUUCUUAGAAAACCAUUCAGUAGAAACUUCUCCUUGAGGAGCCAAAAUGAAGUCUCUCACUCGACUUGAUUACAGAGGAAUCAGCUCACUUGAAGCUCUACAUGAAUAUAAGAAAUCACUCAAUCCUGGAUAUGAAUUCAUGACCAACGACCAGAAAUAGGUCAAAAGAGGUAGAAUCGAACUUAACCUGGAGCGCUGAACGAGUUAGUUGCGACCAAAUGCCUGAAUUGUACCACACAGAGUCACUCUUAAGUCUAUCAAACGUUGAGCGAAACCCCACAGCUUUGUACAGUAAAUCAGGCCUGAUAGUAAAUAUCUAUCACAAGGAACUUCCAAAGAAAGACUCUAAAGAUAAGAAGAAAAUUGUUAUAUUUGAUGAAGAGAAUACUAAGCCUGAAAUUAUUCGUAAAAACAGGCUCGACUAUGCUCCAAAGGCUAAGACAGUUACUAAAUACGAAAAGGCCAAAAGUAAUUUCAUCAAGAAGCAUCCAAAUUACAAGCCUGUGGCUACUCGAAAUGUUGAAUUCAAGAAAGACAUCAAGAAUAUCAAGAAAUUUCAGUCUGAUGAGUACAAGAGGUUGGGCAUAAGAGGCAUUUUUGGAGAAGAAGACAAAUUAGAUGAUAUUGAAAGAGCAAUUCUAGAAAAGAAUAGACUCAUCAUUAUCAAGAAGAAAAAGAACGAUAAAGAAGCAAAAAUUGAUACAAAAAUAAAAAAUUUCACCAAUUCCCAGCUAAAAGGACUCAUCAAGCAAGACCGGAAGCUCUUGAGUAAGAAAAAACGAGUAUGGCGAGGUAUGAAGGGUAACUUUGACAAAGAGCAACUCAAGGGUUACUUCAAGAAAAUUGAUGCUGCUCAUGUUUUUAACCAAAGGAAGAAAUUCAAGAGUAAGAAGCUCUUUGGUUAAUCCAAUCUGAGGCAAAUAUCUA